AGCGGAUUGCAAUAUUCAGAAAGCCUUCAUUUUCACUUCUUUGGUGAUAUAACCUAUUUGCAACUAUGCUUGCGGGCUGCGGCUUGACUCUUUAUGAGGACAUUCUUAGCUGCUGCCAAAUGCGAGACUACUUGGGAUGCUGGUACUUCAGCUAGAAGAGCAAUUCAUAACCCUCUCGAGCAGUUCUUUGAAGCUCAUAGAAGUGUGGAGGAUGAUAAACCUGUUGUGUAUGGUCGGAGCUGGAAGGCAUCUGAGCUUCGUCUCAAGUCCUUGGAUGAUCUUCACAAACUAUGGUAUGUACUUCUCAAGGCUCAACGUCAAAUGCUUAAUGCUCAAAACUUGAGAUUUCCAAAUCCAGAAUGUAUCUCCAAGGUAAGAAAGUCUAUAUGCCGAAUCAAACACGUGCCCACAGAGAGGGCGAUCGAUGAGCCAGAUCCUAUGAGGUGUAGUGAGAUGAAAAGAAUGAUAAAUGCCGUAUGAGAAGAAUGAUAGUUGUGUUAAAAGGAAUGAAUGAGAGAUGCUGUCAUUUGAUCCAGUGGCAGAUGGACAGGUAGUUUACGGAGUCAUAUAUUUUCUGUUUCAAGAAUUUUGUGCUGCCCAGAUGAUUUGUUGGAGCUGUGGACGUGCUCUUUUAAACACAUUCUUUGCUAGCUCGUGUAUCUGAAAAUGGAUGAUAUGUUUGAAUCAUGGAAGUUUUUUUUAUUUGCCUGAUGUCAUCCAUCUCCUUGGGUG